GCAUAUUUUACAGUGCUAUAAUUUGUCAGAUAUAAGAUAAAGUUUCCAUCAGAACUUUUCUUCCAUUCCAAAUUUAAAUUGUUUCUUAAAACAAAAUCAUGACAUUCAAUAGCUUAAAAAAGGAUAAAUUUAGCACAUAAGGUGAAUAAAAAUUCAUCCUCAAGAACGUUACUUGAAAUGGUCAAUUAUGCCGCAGCGUAUUCAUUUCGGUUGUCUGUGGUUAUUGUGUUGGGGGAGGGGAAGAUAGAUUAUAUUAAUUUUGGAUUAAUUAAUUGGUGGAUGCUUAAAGGAGUUUAUCGUCGUAUAUGAAACCAUGUGGUCGUUUUUCUCAAGAGAUCCAGCGAAAGACUUUGCAUUCGAUAUUGGUGAACCAGUAAAGGGACUCGAAAACAGAAGCUUUUGGCGAUUGCACAAAGGACGUAGAAAGGGCACCACUCAGGAUGUAUCCGUGUUUGUGUGUGAUGCUAAGGACUCCCCAGCCCAGCUAGAGCUGGCUAAAACAGCUGUCAAGAGGCUGAAGACCCUCCGUCAUCCAGGUGUAGUCACCUACAUUGACAGCACUGAGACGGACAAGCUGGUGUACCUGGCCACGGAGCCGGUGACGCCGCUGGAGGAAUGGCUGGAGAACUGCUCCGUCACCGCCAAACAGCGCGACCUGGCCAUCUCCUGGGGACUCCUCCAGAUCACGAAAGCGUUGAGUUUCCUGAUCAACGAUGGCAAACUGCAACACAACAACAUCUGCAUGUCGUCCGUGUUCGUGGACGCCGCCGGGGAGUGGAAACUCGGCGGUCUGGAGUACGUGUCGUCGGAGGGCGCCGGCAGCGCGCCGCCGCAGAAGGCGUUCCCUCAGCUCCAGGUGUACGAUCCGCCCGAGUGGAGCGACCCGUCCAAACAGCGACUCACCACCGCCUGGUCUAACGACACAUGGGGCCUCGGAUGUCUGAUGUUCGAAGUUUUCAACGGGCAGCUGAUGAAGAAAACCGCGCUCAAGUCUACUGCCAAGCUGCCGCAGUCCCUGACGCCGCUCUACACGGAUCUGGUGAGCGGCAACCCGGCCGGUCGGCCGAACCCCGCCGAGGUGGUGGAGCGCGGCCGAAAACCGGGCGGCUUCUUCCACAACAACCUCAUCCAGUCGCUGCUCUUCGUCGAGGAGAUCCAGAUCAAAGACGCGGCGGAGAAGAGUCGGUUCUUCAGCCAGCUGCCCGGCAUGCUGGACCAGUUUCCGCCGGACCUGGCCAAGAACAAGAUCCUGCCGCAGCUCAUCACGGCGUUCGAGUUCGGCGGCUCUGGCUCCGGAUCCACCAUCCUGGCCCCCAUGUUCAAGCUGGGCGGCCUGCUCUCCGAAGAGGAGUACCAGCGGCGCAUGGUGCCCUGUCUGGUGAAGCUGUUCUCGUCUCCUGACCGGGCCACGCGCGUGAAGCUGCUCCAGCAGCUGGAGACCUUUGUCGACCACCUCCAGCCGGCCACGGUCAACGAUCAGAUAUUUUCUCACGUGGUGACCGGGUUCCUGGACACCAGUCCCGCUCUGCGCGAGCACACGGUGCGGGCCAGUCUGCUGCUGGCGCCCAAACUCAACUACAACAACCUCAACGUGGAGCUGCUCAAGUACUUCGCCCGCCUGCAGGCCAAGGAUGACCAGGGUGGUAUCCGGACCAACACCACGGUAUGCAUGGGCAAGAUCGCCCAGUACCUUCACCCGUCCGUGCGACAGAAGGUGCUCAUCUCGGCCUUCCUGAGAGCCACCAAGGACCCGUUCCCGCCGGCCAGGGUUUCAGGCGUGCUGGGUCUGGCGGCCACGCAGCAGUACUACUCACUCUCAGACGUGGCCAGCCGCGUGCUGCCGUCGCUCUGCCCGCUGACCCUGGACCCGGACAAGGAGGUGCGACAGCACUGUUUCCGCACGGUGCGCGGCUUCCUGGGCAAGCUGGAGAAGGUGUCGGAGGACCCCAGUCUGCGGGAGGAGCUGGAGGCGGACAUCAACAGCCAGACGCCGUCGGCGGCCAACAGCGGCUCCGGCUGGGCCGGCUGGGCCAUGGGCGCGCUCACCACCGUCUACAAGACGACCACACAGCGGGCUAAAGCUAAACCAGGUACGACGGAGAAUCAGGAGUCCGCUGGCUCGAGUGCCGCGGUGGGCUCUGCAAAUUCGGCAGAACCAGCCAAGAACAAGGACGCUCAGAGCCGUCAAACGCCCGCCACACAGUCGUUCGGCGGCGGCGCGGAGGACACCCCGCCCGCGGACACGGGCGGCGCGGCCGACGGCUGGGACGACGACGACGACUGGGGUGCCCUGGAGGACACGACGCCCACGCUGGCGCCGGCGCCCGCGCCCUCUGCGGCGCCCCCGACUCCCUCGGACGGCUGGGACAGCGCCGGCUGGGGAGGGGACGAGUUCAGCGCGGUGCCGACCACCGCGGACACCAAGUCGGCGGCGGAGAUCCGCUGGGCGGACGCCGGGGACGAUCCGUUCGCCGCCGUGCCCACCAAACGCCUGAACCAGCCGAAGCCCGCUGCUCCGACCUCUGACGUCAGCGCGGCGUGGUCAGCUGACUCGGCUGACAUCAGCGCGGCGGCAGCGGGCGGCGGCGGCGGCGGCUGGGACGACGACUGGGGUGACAUGGGCGGCGGCACCGGUGGAACAGGCGGAAGUGCACAGGACAAGAAGCAAGCUAUGCAGGAGCGGCGGCAGCAGCGGCAAAAAGAGCUGGAGGCGAAGCGCGCAGCAAAGAAAGGUCCUAUGAAGCUCGGCGCCAAGAAGCUCUAGCAGCGCGACACGAACGUUAGGGUAUCUGUGUGAGAAGGCAGGUCGGGGUAACUCUGACCUCUCCCUGAAGUGGCGGCAGCGUACCUUAUCCAGAGGGCGCGCGUGCUACACCCUGGGCGUACCACCGGUGUUGGCUUCAACAGCAAGACACACUGUUGAAGCGUCAGAUGUAGAAGUCCGGCAGAAGCUAGCGGAAUUCUAUUGAGAAGGUGGUUUCAGGAAGGGAUCGGGUCGUACGGUGUUUCGACGAAUCCGGUGGGAUUUUUCGGAGGCUCGGUGGCAGAUAGGUGAUCUGAUAUUGUACUGGAGAGUGCAGGGUUGACCUGUGGAUGAGAUGGUUUCUACUGGAGACUGUGAGUUUUCCGGCGGCCAGGGCUGAAGGUUGAAACUGGAUGCUGCAGGAUCGGAGAAUGAGCAAAUUGGGGUGGCUCGGAGUUAAGCUGGUUGGUGGUGGAGUGUGGUGUUGCGUCAGGCCUGGUAUUGGUGACAGGUGCGCCGCUACUGAGUGCUCCUGUAUCGCAACCGCGCCUUCAGGGGCGCCUAAGGUGUGUUGUAUCUUUGGAGCGUCGCGGAGUUGAUGUUGCUUAUGAAUUAUGAUACUGUGCGACAGGAAGUGAGGACUGAUUGUGGAUUUAUUGAGUGACUGAUGACGUGAGCUACAUCUGUGGUGAGAUGCCUCAUGGGUUUGUCACCGAUUGGCGCCAGGUGAGGGAACCAAUGCGUAGGCUGGAAACGAGCGUUGGUGUGGGCAUUUAUCAGCCAACUUGUGAUACGGAAUGCAUUCUGACAGGCGGUAUUACUCUAUGGUGUGGAAUGAACAAGUAUGUCGAAUGUAUGAAUGCUUGGAUAUUAUUAAGUGCUGGGAUGUGUGGAUAUUAAAAUAUUUUCCAACUGGUCGAAGUGACAAGCACAUGGCUGCACUUGGUUGCCUCCUGGGUUGAUGUGUGCCGCUUGGACGCGGGGUGUGUCGUCCAACUGAUUUACUUUUGACGUUUGCCAUUGUUGCCGCUUCACAUUGCGCUAUUUUUGUAACGCCUCAGCGUGGGGGAAUACAGGACUCUGAGAAAC